AUGGGCUACGAGGACUUCUGCUGGUUCCUGAUUUCUGAUGAGGAUAAGACCACUGAUGCUUCGUUGGAGUACUUCUUCAAAUUGGUUGAUUUGGAUGGUGAUGGUGUGAUACGGGAUCAUGAGAUGGCAUACUUCUAUUUGGAACAAGUUCAGCGGCUGGAGUGUCUACAUCAGGAGGCUGUUCGGUUCCAGGAUAUACUCUGCCAGAUGAAUGAUCUAAUAAUGCCAGAAAUGGAGGGGCAGUUCGAGUUGGAAGAUUUCAAGCGCACGCGGAAGAUUUCGGGAAUCUUUUUCAGCAUCCUGCUCAGCUUGAACAAGUUCUUAGCAUACGAACAGCGAGAUCCAUUCUCAAUAAAGCAGGAACAAUUGGAACAUCCGGAUUAUAGUGAAUGGGAUCGAUUCUGCGCGCAGGAGUAUAUUCGGCUGGCGAUGGAGGAUGAUGUGGAUGACCAGGCCUCGUGA